AUGGCGUCACUUUGCCGGCGCUCCCCCGCUGCCGGCGCUGCCUCGUCUUGCGGUCAACUCCACCUCCGCUGUCCGCCGAGAACCGCCGCGGUCCGCUACGGCUGCUCGCCUAAGCGGCCGAGAAUCGCGCUGCGGCUUCCGCUGGCGCUGCACGCGGCAAAGUACGGCGGCGCGUGGACGAGAUCGGGAUUAGAAGAGGAUGGCGAGAAGGCGGGACCGCGCUUGUGCGCGGUUGAGGAGUUUGCUGCGGAGAGUGGCCGGAAGAGUGGGAAUCGUUCAGCGGAGGUGAUUGCCGCCGCCGUGGUGACGGUGGUGAUGGGCGUCGGAAACAGAGUACUGUACAAGCUCGCGUUGGUUCCUCUCAAGAACUACCCGUUCUUCCUGGCUCAGCUUGCGACCUUCGGAUACGUAAUUGUAUACUUCUCUAUUUUGUAUAUUCGGUACCAUGCGGGCAUUGUCACCGACGAGAUGUUAUCAAUGCCAAAAACUCCAUUUAUAGUUGUUGGUCUCUUGGAGGCACUGGGUGCUGCCACAGGAAUGGCAGCAGGAGGUAAAAACCAUCAGAAAAUUAUUAAUACUUUAGCUGUUGACCUUGGAGUACUUCCCACCUACAGAAGCAUGAUCCAUUCCCUUGAAUAUGUAACCUGGUUGAUGGCUGGUCAGAUGUCCGAAGCGCGAUACAAGCUCAACCAACUACUUGGAUGCUUUCUUGUGGCAGUUGGUGUGAUUCUCACCGUAGCAAGUGGAUCUGGUGCUGGACAUUCAUUGAAAGAAGCUGGUAUAUUUUGGAGUCUUUUAAUGAUAGUUUCAUUUUUAUUCCAAGCAGCUGAUACUGUUCUGAAGGAAGUAAUUUUUUUGAAUGCAACCCGGACACUAAAGGGGGGUUCUUUGGAUAUGUUUGUUGUAAAUUCAUUUGGGUCUGCAUUCCAGGCACUAUUCAUAUGCCUUCUCCUCCCCUUCUUAUCAAAAUUAUGGGGCAUCCCCUUUGGUCAACUACCAAACUAUCUUAAAGAUGGCGCUGCCUGCUUUCUGAAUGUUGGGACACUGUCAAGAGGUUGUGUUGGAGCUCCCCUGCUCCCGUUGUUGUUUAUUAUUGUCAACAUGGGCUUCAAUAUCUCAUUGCUUCAUCUCAUCAAGAUCUCUUCAGCUGUUGUCUCUAGUAUAGCCUCCACAUUUUCAGUUCCAAUUGCAAUCUAUGUGUUCACGCUGCCAUUGCCAUACCUUGGUGUUGGGGCUUCUCUUCCAGCAGGCUUUGUUGCAGGGGCCACUAUUCUUAUCAUGGGAUUACUCAUUUAUGCAUGGACCCCUUCAAGUGGUUCUUCCAGUGCAUCCAUCACAGGAUCCAACUAG